AUGGUCCAAAACAUCCUCAUUACCGGCGCGGCUGGCUACAUCGGAGGCUCGGUCCUUUCUGACCUCCUUGCAACUUCAAGCAGUGCACUCAAAGGAGUGAGGUUGUAUGCGGCAGUUCGGACUCAAGAACAGGUUCAAGCCUUGUCAAAGCUUGGAGUCAACGUCAUCCAGAUGGACAUCAGCGACGCAGAGACUGCGACAGAAGCGGUACUGAAGAAUGAAAUCGACAUGGUAGUUCAUACCGCAAGCUCUAUACUCGCCGAUAUACCAAUUCUCCUUAUCCAGGCUCUUGGCCAGCGUCGCCAAGUCAGUGGAAAACAGACAUAUUUUAUUCAUUCAUCGGUGAUCACCAUAUAUUCCGAGGAGGCAGGUUGGCCUGCGGGCGAGGUGAAAGAUACCGAUCCAUUGUUCCAGAAAGAAAAGGAGCUAGCCAGCCAACAUCCGGUCGUAAAAACCAACAUCGCUGUUGUGGAGGAGGCAUUAAAGCACGAUGUAAAGUGUGUCAAUAUUGCUGUGCCAACUGUGUAUGGCACAGGUACUGGUCAAUGGCGAAAAUUGUCCGUCAGCAUUCCGGCCUACAUCAGGGUUAGCAUCGAGCACAAGAUCGUCUAUAAGUUUGAUAAAGACGGAAGUCCACCAGCAGUGCACAUCUCCGACUUGGCCGAACUAUAUGUCAUUCUUGUUGAGAAGAUCUUGCAAGAGGAGGAUAUUCCAAUGACCGAAACCGGCUAUUACUUUGCAAUGGCUCAUAGAGCACCUUGGUGGCAAAUCAUGGAUGGCAUUGCCAACGCCUUAUAUGCGCGUGGACUUGUGCCUGAGCCCAAGGUACAUAUCUGGCCGAGCGACGAGAUGGCAGCAGAGUAUCUAGGAUUUCCGGCUGCUUAUAUUAGAGCAAUGGGGACUGCAUCGGGCAAUGCCACUCCUGUAAAUGCAUAUCGACUUGGAUGGCAACCAAAGUGGACCCAAGAGAAGUUUCUAGAGAGCAUAGAUGAUGAAGUACAGGCCGUUCUCGAUUUUGACAUAGGCAACACCAAUAUUUUCAAAGUGUUGCACCCGUCAGAGAAUUGA